AUGGUGGCGAAGUCGCAGUGCACGCGCGCGACCAUCGCGUCGAGCGCGAGGAGGUCGCGCAACGUGCGCUCGCAGCGCUCCCCACCGGCCAGCACGUCGGCGCGUGCGCCGCGGUCUAGCGCGGAGGCCGGUGAGCGCUCGCAGCAGGCGCGCAGCCGCAGCUCGGCCAGGCGGCGCGCGCGCGUGCUUGCCGCCAGCGCGCACAGGUGCGGCACGUCGCGCCCCGCCAGCGAGGGCUGCGCGCCGCCGCCGCCGCCGCACGCCGCGCGCCCGCACUCGCGCCCGCCGCCCGCGCCCUCCUCCUCCAGGUCGCACGCGCUCAGCCAGGGGUUGAGGCGCGCGAGCGGACUCACGGCCAGGCCCGCGGCCGCCAUCAGCAGCAGCAGCAGCAGCGGCGGCGCUCGCAUGGCGGGGGCGGCGCCGCUAGCGGGGGCCGGCCCGCCGGGCGCGGCGCUGCCUCAUACCGCAUCGCGCAUGGCGACCUACUCGCGCGGCCCGGGCCGCGGGGCCGCCGCGCGGGGUGGGCGCGCCGCCAUGUCGCUGCUCGCCGCUCGACUGACUCCCCCCGGGCGCGCAUCGAUCGCCCCGCGCCCCGCGCCCCUCGCUGGCUGCGCGCGCCCGGCACCCGCUUUCGUUAUGUAA